AUGUCGGCCGGGCCCCCUAAGGCCCUGCCGUCCACGGGGCCCCACUCCCUGCGUGACAUGCCGCACCCGCUGGCUGGCUCCAGCAGCGAGGAGGCCGUGGGCGGCGACAGCACGCCCAGCCCGGACCUGCUGAUGGCCCGCAGCUUCGGCGACAAGGAUCUCGUUUUGCCCAAUGGUGGUACUCCAGCAGGCACUUCGAGUCCAGCUUCUUCAUCUUCCCUUCUCAACAGACUUCAGCUUGAUGAUGAUAUUGAUGGUGAGACCAGAGAUCUCUUUGUCACCGUUGAUGAUCCCAAGAAGCAUGUUUGCACAAUGGAGACCUACAUCACGUAUAGGAUCACCACCAAAAGUACUCGGGUAGAGUUUGACCUGCCAGAAUAUUCUGUUCGUCGAAGAUACCAGGAUUUUGACUGGUUGAGGAACAAACUGGAAGAAUCCCAGCCCACUCAUCUCAUUCCCCCACUGCCUGAGAAGUUUGUAGUGAAAGGUGUUGUGGAUCGUUUUUCAGAAGAGUUUGUAGAAACCAGAAGAAAAGCUUUGGAUAAAUUCCUGAAAAGAAUCACAGAUCAUCCUGUUCUCUCCUUCAAUGAACACUUUAAUGUUUUCCUCACUGCUAAGGACCUGAAUGCCUAUAAGAAGCAAGGAAUGGCACUGCUGACCCGAGUAGGAGAGUCGGUCAAGCACGUCACCGGAGGUUACAAGCUGAGGAGUCGGCCUCUUGAGUUUGCAGCCAUAGGCGAAUACUUAGAUACAUUUGCACUCAAACUAGGAACCAUUGAUCGAAUAGCCCAGCGGAUUAUCAAAGAAGAAAUAGAGUACCUCGUUGAACUGAGAGAAUAUGGCCCUGUGUAUUCCACGUGGAGCGCUCUAGAGGGUGAGCUGGCUGAGCCCCUGGAGGGGGUGUCCGCCUGUAUUGGGAACUGCUCCACAGCCUUGGAAGAGCUGACUGAUGACAUGACAGAAGACUUUCUGCCUGUGCUCAGGGAAUAUAUUUUGUAUUCUGACUCCAUGAAAAAUGUAUUGAAGAAGAGAGAUCAAGUGCAAGCUGAAUACGAAGCCAAACUGGAAGCUGUGGCUCUAAGGAAGGAAGAUCGUCCGAAGGUGCCGGCAGAUGUUGAGAAGUGUCAGGACCGGAUGGAGUGUUUCAAUGCUGACCUGAAAGCCGACAUGGAGAGGUGGCAGAACAACAAGAGGCAGGACUUCCGCCAGUUGCUCAUGGGAAUGGCUGACAAGAACAUUCAAUAUUAUGAAAAGUGCCUCAUGGCAUGGGAGUCGAUCAUUCCACUUCUGCAAGAGAAACAGGAGGCCAAAUAA